UGGAGGAUUUAGGGAAAAAGGUGGAGAAGGAGACUAGAGGAAAACCCGGACCUCAGACCAGCCCAUCUUGCCUUACAGCCUCCUUCCUUUUAUGCCAGUGUCCGCGGAGAAAUCUGAUCUCAGAUCGGCGGACCGCGUCUCCCCACCACACUACGAGCUUUGGGACUCAGACCAGAGGAAAUCGUGCUCCGUCGGCAACCAGGUCGUCACGCCAAUACUCAACCACAGCAGACCACGGCGAGGAAACGGACAAGGAGGCGGCGGACGCGAAGAGAGCUGGUAGGACUCACGGAGGAGUUUGAUGCAGAAGCACAUCCGGCGGAGGGAUAGAGCAAAGAGGACUGGCGGCGCAUACGGAGUAGUAUUACGCUCAGCUAAUUUCCAACAUUUUCCAUUGGCAACGACAGUGUGCUCUCAGAGCCACAUUUAUAAAGAGAGCUAGCGGAAUGUAAUGCUAGCGAGCUAGCUAAUGGUAGCUAGCUAAUUAGCUUGUCAGGCACCCUAGAGUCGGACGUGUGAUCUUUAUUAAAAUAGGUCACUGUUUGGUGUCAUUUCACAUUUUUCUCUCUUUAGAAAAGCUAGUCUUUCUGUUGUUGUUUGGGCUAGAUUCUAGUAUGGUCAUUAUGGUCUGUCUCUAAUAGCCAACGCGAAGUUAGACAAUAAACAGUGCGGGCUUUCCAUAUUGAUGAAAAUCUGCUCAAUAUUAUUCGCCCGAGUCUUUUGUGAAUAUCAAGCUGUGAAGGAGAAAACAAAGGAAUAACGGAAAAGCAGAGAAGAGAACCAGACUUCUGCUCCGUGACUUUCCCCCGUCCAAUGUUAAUGUCGACCGACGUUGCAUCUCUAAUGCUGCCCGUUAAUCGGGAAAUAAUGGAUCACGAGAGGGAUAUUGAUACAGGGGCCACCGGAGCGCAUCCGAACGCGGCCGCGGGUGCAGCGGUUGUCCGGGGGAUGAAGCGCGGAGACCCGGAGCCUGACGCUCAGACCGCCGCUGCCCUGACUGACCUGGCCGGGGCGGAAUGCAAGAGACCGAGGAUAGACGGCUCCGGGAGCGUGGUCGGUGACAUCGGACAGAACAAUGAGCCUUUAAACCCCGGUUUCCAUGGAUACGCACCUCACAGUCAGGGCUCCCAGGACUCAACUGGAGGACAGGAAGGUUUAGUGGCCCCACCCUUUGCAACCUUCCCUCCUCCACCCCCUCCUCAAAACGGCCUACCGGGAGCAGAGUUUGGCCCAGGGGCCAUGUUUGGUGCUGUGGGCCAAGGUGCAGCAGAGGUCGGAGUCGGCGCUAACGGAGCCACAGCUACAACCAACAACAACAAUGGGAAGGUGGAGGAGACGUCUCAGGGUGAGGCGGGUGCACAGUGUUCCGCUGGAGGGACAGGAGCAGGAGGUUCAACAGGAGACUCUGCAGAGGCCAAAGGCACCCCCAAGCGCCUCCACGUCUCAAACAUCCCUUUCCGCUUUCGGGACCCAGACCUCAGGCAGAUGUUUGGGCAAUUUGGGAAGAUUCUGGAUGUAGAGAUCAUUUUCAAUGAGAGGGGUUCAAAGGGUUUUGGCUUUGUGACAUUUGAAACCAGCGCAGACGCAGAGAAAGCCAGAGAAAAGCUCCACGGCACGCUGGUGGAAGGACGUAAGAUCGAGGUGAAUAACGCCACCGCCAGGGUGAUGACUAACAAGAAAAUCGUCAGCCCUUACCCUAAUGGAGAGGCUCUCAGCACGCUGCCCUAUGCAGGGUGGAAACUAAGUCCAAUGGUGGGAGCUGUAUAUGGACCAGAGAUCUACGCAGUCCCAGGGUUUCCCUAUCCAACUGCAGCAGCUGCGGCAGCAGCCACCACAGCAGCAGCUUUCCGCGGCGCCCACCUAAGGGGCCGAGGUCGUCCCAUUUACAGCGCCGUAAGGGCUGCUGUGCCUCAGCCUGCAAUCCCUGCCUACCCUGGACUAGUGUUACAGGACUCAGUCCUUAGUCCCAGAUUGCUUCAGGGGGGCUACCCUGCUGCUGCUGCCGCCGCUGCCGCUGCAUAUCGCUACGCCCAGCCUGCUGCUGUAACCGGAGCAACCGCCGCUGCUGCCGCCUACAGUGACAGUUAUGGCCGGGUAUACACUACAGAUCCGUACCACGCUUUAACUCCAGCUGCUGCAGCUUAUGGAGUGGGAGCCAUGGCUAGUUUAUACCGGGCGGGAUACAGUAGGUUUGCUCCUUACUAAAGCCACAAAUCCCAUCCAAGGAAAGCCACUUGGCUCCCAAACUCCCUCUGAACUCUGUGUUUGGCAGGAGCCUCCCCUCCAUUUUAUCUGCAGGCAGACUAUAAUAGCGACAGCUCACUUCUUACUUUUUUCCCCUCUCUUCUUCUCUUUCUUUUUGUGGUCAUUGCCACUUCACCGAAACCAAACUCACUCUGUACUUUUUCUGUCGCCGACACGGAACCAGCGGGGGAAAAAAACCAAGUAUAAAACCUGCCAUGAGUGUCUCCCACGUAUGAAGCUGGAGCCUGCUGAUUUGACCUUCAGAGCAGGAUUUAGGAUUGUUUUAAAAAAAAAAAAAAAAAAAAACACACACACAUACACUACGGGACCCAGGCGGAGAGAGGACAUCGGUUCCGGUUCGACCCGACCCGAAACACUACAAACCCUUUUUUCCCUACGAGCUCCCCUUUAAAUUUAGCCCGACUCAUUUAAACUCACAGCUACAUUGAGCACCAUGUAUAAUGUUUUCUCAGAGUGUUGGACGGAACUGAAAGGCUGAACUGCCACAGCGCUAAUGUACAAAGGUACUUUUGUUUUUAAACACUACAUUGACAUUUACACGGAGCAUAGACUCGCUGCAGUCAUCUCUCUGGCCUAACAUUUAUACAAUAAUGAUUUU